GUGAUCCAUAAAAUCUUAACGCCAUAGCAGAAACGAUCCGUUAUCGAUCACCUGAUCAUCACUCCAAACAAAUAUCAGAAAUUUUCAUCAGUAUUUCACUAUAGUUUGGUUAAUCAAACGACGAAAGAUGACGAAGGAAAUUCUGGCUCCUCUUCUUGUGUUGCUUUUCUCGUUUCUAUGUUUUGGUCAAUGCUUUGAACGUUCACCUUUAAAGACAUUACAGGAUCGUGCGGAUUUCGUAUGUCCUCCGGGAGAAGAGGGAUUCUUUUUUGUUGAACCCUGUACUCAGUUUUACUACUAUUGCACAGCAGCUGGUGGACAAUACCAACUUGAAUGUCCUGCUGGUACCGUUUUCGAUCCUUAUCAACCAACAGGUCCAUCUUGUGUCAGUCCAGAAGAUGGUGUUUGUGAAGAUCCAGCGGCAACGACUACAGAACCAACUGACACGACGACGACGACUUCAACAACAACAAUGACAACGGAACUGACCACGGAACUGACAACCGAACCACCCACAUCGACCACGGAUCCUACUACCAUCACCACCGAAUCUACGACGAUAACAAGUGAUGAACCGACAACUACUGAAACGACCAAAACUACAGUUACAUUUACACCAACACCAUCGAUUUCAACUACAACCAGAACACCCAAUACUUGCGGAAAUUCCUCUACAACCAACAGCUUUACUUGCCCUGAUGGGGACAGUGGACAAUAUCCUUAUGACGACUGCUCAUCUCUGUAUUGGCAGUGUUCAAACGGAAUGGCCUAUCUUACCUGUUGUCCAGCAAAUCUGGUUUAUAACCCGGCACUUAAUGUCUGUGACUAUUAUUAUAAUGUCGAUGGUUGUAAUCCCAUCAAAAGUGAUACCGGAAAUCAAAAGCAGCCUGAAAAUAAAAACAAAAUGGAAUCAAGACAGCGCAACCUAUCGUCUAAAAGCACAUAACUGAGUUACCGCAUCUCUUACGCAUUUAACUGUUGCUUUUUGUGUGUAACGAACUAACGAUAAGUUGCGCAAAGGACAUUUUCUAUGUACUAUAAAUGUCCUUACGGUAAUACGAGAAGAUUUUAAAAUAAAGGCAGUAACCCAGUUAA